UCGGGUGUGGGUCUUUGAGUCGGGUGUGGGUCUUAAACCGGCCAUGGCGGAUUGGAAACGGCAGACGUUGGAUGCGCACAAUGACUUUCGCAGAGAGCAUGGGUCAGCUGCCUUGCAAUGGAGUGAUGAGUGCUAUCAAUCUGCCAAAAAGCAAGCCGAUGCCUGUCAGGCAAAGGGCUGCAUGUUUCAUGGCACAACCUCCGGUCCCUCCGGACGGCAUGGACAGAACAUCUACUGGUGCAGUGCUCCUGGGUCAUCAGCUAAAAAGAUGGUGAAGGCCUGGUAUGACGAGAUUGCCGCCUACGAUUUUGGUGGUGACUACCAAAAGGGCACUGGACACUUCACUCAAGUUGUUUGGAAAGGAAGCACGCAUGUGGGCAUGGCUUUAUCAGAAGAUGGCAAAUUUUGUGUUGCGAACUACUUUCCCGGAGGUAAUGUGAUCGGCCGAUUCAAAGAGAAUGUCCUGCCGCAUGGCAGUCCCUAUGUCCCCGAGAAAGCUGAGGACCCUUCUCAAGGCUCGUGCCGAUCUGUGACGGAGGUGAUCCGUGGAGCAGAUCUCCGUCAUGAUCACCAUGGUCCCAAAGUAAAGCUGCCACAACGGCGACCCAGUUAUAGCGGAGGUUCCAAGUCUGGGCCAGAGGCGCGAUUUCCUGAUGAAAUGAGCAAAUUCUUCAAGGACCUGGAGUUUCCUUCGACCCGGAGAAGCAGUGGAUAUUCCGAGGGCCAUAGCACCGUGACAAGGAAGGCUGGCUAUCAGCGUGAAACUGGGCUGCCAACGCAGUUCCAGUCUUCCAGCAGCAGCUGCGGUGGAACCCGAUCUACGACCACCGUGACAAAGACCGUGGCAAGCAACGGCACGGUCGUGACGAAGACAACACGCACUGUCUAUAGCUGGAGCUAAGAUUCACCACACCCGGUGAGCCCAAGGGCCGAAUUUUUCCUGAUCUGGAUGAAAUAUGGCCAUGGAUCCCAGCUGGUGUC